UUCUUUGAAGUGUAACGAACAUUAAAAAAAGGUAAAAUCGUACGACAACUACGUCGCAAGGACCAUUUUGAAGACGCUCAAUUUCUUCUUCGAUUUCUCCGCUGCAAGAAGUUUAAUGUACCUAUGGCCCAGGAAGCCACUGAGCGUUAUCUCCUCCUGAGAAAAGUUUACCAUCCAGCAUUCAAUAAACUAGAUAUCACCGAGUCAAAUAUGUCAAAAUUACUCAAGCUUGGGUAUCUAUUUGCUGUUCCUGGAAGGGACUCAAAGGGCCGUCGAGUGAUUGUUGCUAGACCUGGUGUUUUCGACCCUUACAAAUUCACUAAUGCCGACAUGUGUAAGAUCCACGCGAUAACGUACGAGGCAUUAAUGGAGGAUGAAGAGAAUCAGGUGCGAGGUUUCGUUCAUUUUGCUGAUGGAGCCGGUGUUAGCUUCCCACACUUGACCUUAUUCACGCCUAGAGAAGCUGUUCGUAUUGUAAAAAAUGGAGAGCGCACCGUACCCAUGCGACACAAAGAAGUACACGUGAUAAACGCACAUCCAUCGCUAAAAUUCGCCCUGGAUUUUGGAAUGUCUUUGAUCUCAGAGAAGAUUAAAAGUCGUAUUAAAAUUCAUACCAGUCUUGAAGAAGCUCUCAACUGUAAGAUGGAUGCUAGUAUACUUCCCAAAGAGUAUGGUGGUACAAUGCCCAUGGACGAAAUGAUUGAACUCUGGCGGAAAGAAUUGCUCCAGCUCACCCCACGUCUCCUCUCCCAUGACAACAUGAACGUUCACCUCCAUUUGUACUCUGAAAAGGCACGGGAAGGCGCAGUUUCAGCGUUAAAACAAGGAUUUGGAUGUGCAAAUGUGGGGAGCAAUGAUGGAACGAUCCAUGGCAUCUCUGGUUCUUUCAGAAAAUUGGAAGUUGACUAAUCUCCAUUGCGUACGAUUUUUGGUUUCAGUCCGAAUUUUUUAUUUUAAAAGGCAAGAAAAUUAGGUAAUUAGAUUAAGAUCGCUUCUAAGAUUACCGAAAAUUACAGGAAUGAUAUUAAAAUUUAAUUAUCUAGCAUUAUUUGAUUCUAUAAAGAAUGAUUGGUCGCAAUAAAUUUUGGAAUGAAUAUCAUUCGUUUCAAUAAUCUUCUAGUAUUUUUAUCUCGUCAAUCAUCUCCACCGGACGAAAAGUUCUAGGGAAACGUGUGGUUCUAUCUGGCAGAUUUUUAAACUUGAAAUCAAAUUGCCCAUAUAGUGAUGCAUAUCAUUGCCCAGAGGACUAGUAUUGAUAAGGAAAAGAAGCUAUUAGAAGCAUAUAUAUGAAAAAUAUAGAAAGAUUCAUUUACUCAUCAUGUUUAAAAAAUCAACACGGAAUUUUAAAAAAAAUAUCAUUUGUGUUAAACUAUUAUUUUCAUGUUAUGUAGAUUUUCAUGUUAUUACGUUAAGAGUAGCUGUGUUUUACUGUAAGUCACAAUUAGAAUAAUUCUGAGGUAAUUAUAUUAUUAUAUUAGCAUGUUCCCAUCUCCACGAAUUUAGCUAUGUAAUAACUGCUCAGUGUGGAUCCUUUCUUCUACAGAGUAGGUAGCAUAACUUUAAAAGUUGAUCAAUAAAGUCAUCACAUUUACAUUUUUUGAAAAUAUUCGGAUACUCAAGAAAUAAUUGGGCAGGAUUUUAUACCAAUUUUUGCAAUUCUUAUGACAAAAAUAUAUUUUAUUUCUUAAUUUUUUUUUAAAUACAUGGAAUAUCACUUACGAAUAAUAUGUAAUUACGCGCAGAUAAUCUGAAGCGAAGUUCACGCUUAAGUGACAAUCUCGUGAAAACUUCAAUUUGUCUCAUGAAUUUUGUGACUGAGUGAGUGAUAAUAAAUAAAACAUAAAGCCGGAAUGAAUACACUAAUUAUUCCUGCAAUAUUUUAUACAAA